CACGCUUUGGAAUUAUGAAGGGACUAGCAGUGGAUUUCUCUUUUGCGCUUAUUCUUCUGGUGGAUUUGAUUCUGGCUCUCGCCGCACAGCCCUUUUUAGGGAUGCACCCUGACAUACUGCUCCGUGGGACGAGUGGCGGACCCAGACGCACCGUGGAGGGGCAGCAGACGGGCAGGCUGCCCCUCUACAUGAUGCAGCUCUACCGGACCAUGCUGACCGAGGACCGGGCUAAGACCCCGGCCGCCAGCAUGAGCCACACCAAGACGGAGGACAACCCCGCUCUGCACGACUCCGACUCUGUUAUCAGCCUUGUUGCUAAGAGCUGCCAGCAGAUUGGCAAAAGGUGGUCCGUCACCUUUGACAUGUCCUCCAUGUCUGCUAGCGACAACAUCCAACUGGCUGAACUUCGCAUCCGCCUGCCUGCCUUCACAGAGUCCUCCCGAGCCUCAGUGGACAUCUACCAUUCCCACAGGGACCAGUGCUCAGGCAUGCACUGCCCAGAGAACAGGAUGUUCCUGGGCCGCCUGAGAGCUCAUCCCAGUUCGAUGGUCUCCCCCUCCUCCUGGAAAGUGUUCAACAUGACCGAGAUGCUCCUCCGCUGGCUGCAGCGGGAGCACUCCACGCUCAGGACGGAGGAGGAUGAGGUGAAGGAGGAGGAAGAGCAGGAGCAGGAGGGAGUCCAACACCCUGCAGCCGACCGGGUCAUGAUGGUGGUCUUUUCGAGGCAGAACCCAAACGGCCAGCGAAUGCCAACCCUCAUCCGCACAGCAGAGCACUCCAAGUACGUCAGCCUGGACAGGGAGCGGGUGACGGACGGCUCUGGUUCCAGGACCAGGAGCCGCAGGUCCAAGAGGCACCACCACACCCAGCAGCAGAGAGUGAGUGGAGCGGCUCCUGCCGGCAAGCCCACAGAGGAGGAGAAGGGUCCUCUCUGCAGGAAGGUGGACAUGUGGGUAGACUUUGACAAGCUGGGCUGGAGUGAGUGGAUUGUCUAUCCAAAACGGUACAACGCCUAUCGCUGUGAGGGGAGCUGUCCUACACCAGUAGAUGAGACCUUCACACCAACCAACCAUGCAUACAUGCAGAGCCUGCUGAAACUUCACCACCCAGACAAGGUGCCGUGCCUGUCCUGCGUGCCAACCCGCCUGGCACCACUCUCCAUGCUCUACUACGAGAACGGGAAGAUGGUCAUGAGGCAUCACGAGAACAUGCUGGUGGAGGAGUGCGGCUGCCACUGAGCAAAAGACCCGAAAAUCUUUAGUUUUUUUUUUACAGUCUACAGCCACAGAGGCACAAAGUGGAUGGAUGUCCACAGGCACUUUACAGAGAUGUAAAAGAAGGGAACUACUCUAUAUCCCAGACUCAACUCUCUAAAUUAUGGAUUUAAAAAGUAUGUUUUGUAUAAGAAUAGGUGACCUAAAUUGUGCAUUGGAUUGCAAGGGGAUGGGCUAUAAUUCAAGUUUAUAAGGGAAUUGAUCCAGUUAAGAAGAAAUCAAGACAAAAGCACAAUAUGGUCACUGACUGAAGCACUAUAGGAGAAAAAGCAGUUGUACACAAGAGGUCUUAUGUACAAACUGUUUCUUUUUUGAUGCCACUAAAAUGAAAUGUAGAAUGGUGUAAGCGCUUUUUAUU